UUGCAGUACCGCUGUGUAUCGGUAGAGGUCGCUGUGACACCGUGGAAUGUUAGUUGCUAGGAAGUGUCGUGAGGGAUCCUGGGACGCCGUGCAGACCAAGAUGGCGGUGUUUUGAUAGGUUCAUUGAUGCGCAAAGCUUUUCUGUGAUUGGCUGAAAAUGGAAGCGAAGCUGGGGAUGGGCGCGGGAGGCAGUCUGGCGCUGCUCUGUACCACAGGCGAGGGGCUGCCAUCCCAGCAUGCACUGGGGCAGCUGCUAAGGGGCAUCAACCAACAGCUGGAGGAGAAUGUUCACAGCCUGGAGCGCUGUAUGGAGGAUGUACUGAAGCUGGGUCAGGACCUGCCCGUGCCGCAGGAGAUCACCAGUCCCCGCGAGGUGGCCGACUUCAUGGUGCAUUCUGGGACCCUGGAUCGCAGCCGCUGUGACUCCCCAGAACCACAGGACACAACAGACCUGCUCCUCAAAAUUAAAGAAGCGUUAGACCAGCACCCAGGCCAUGAAGACGCUCUGUUCAACAGUCUCAUGAAGAUAUCCUCCCAACAAGGGCUCUGUCUGCCUCUCCCAUUGGUCAGCUCUAGUCAUGUGACCUCGUCCGCCGUGUCUCUCAACGCCAUACCGGACGAGGACGACCAGGGGAACGUCGUGCUCUGGAGCGAGAUAUCCUCCCGCUUCCGCCGACACUUUUUCCGGAAAAUCGAGGAACUGCCCGCAACCGGAAACUCCUGCAAAAAGCGGUUGGAGUACCUCCAGAACAGUCUGGUGUUCAGCACGGCAAGAGAGGUAUGGCGGAAAUAUCGCGCCCUACGCAACCGCCAGUGGACGGAGGUGUUGAAGAAAGAGGACGAUAGCGGCGCGGAUGGUUUCGGAAAUGUUUCUCAUUCCGUGACGAGUCUGGAGCGAGCGCAGCCGCAGAUAAUGAGCAUGAUGGCGGAAGACUGUACGCUCUUAAACUGCGGAAUCUUCGAGGGAACGGUCAAGGCGCCGAAAGCGAUCCGCGAUAUGUACCUAACCGGACUGUGUGGAUGGCUCAGCGGGGUAGUGGAGGAGGUAAAUACUAGGAGGAAAUCUCAAGAAGACAGGAAGGAGGGAAGGAAGAAUGGACGACAGAAGGACAAAGCCUUGAAGUCUGCCAUGAAGAUGUCGAGCAGCAGAGAAGCCUUUGCGGAAGAAGCAGAAGAAGAUAUGACAUCCCCAGAGGAUCCUGGGAGCAGCUCUCUGUCCCGGGGUGAUGUGGAGCUGCUGUGCCGUGCCGUGUCGGUGUUCCUGUCUCUGGAGGCACACGUGGAGUCCCUGGUGUCCACCAUGUGGGACCCCUCACACAGGGAGGGGAGAGACGGACAGGCACCACUCAGGGGUGUACUGAAGAACAGCCACAGUACCAGCAACAUCAGCCAGCUGGUGACAGACAGUGACAGCACAGAGGCAGACAGCGCGCCCAGGGAGACAGCUGACUCUGAGACAGUCAACAUGCCCAUCUGGCAAUGGAGAGCCACCCUAUUGGAGCUGGUGCCUGAUGUGGUUGGGAGUCUGACUGCGAUGGUGAAUGCAGCACUGAAGGCAGGGGAAGAAGAGGAAGAGUUGUACACACAGAACAGAACACUGCGUACAGAGGAACUCUGUGCUGGUCUGUACGGAGGAGAGUUGGACUACCCCAGACAGGUCAGCCAGUGCUGUGCCAUGCUGUCCCGCUGUCUGCAACAGCUGCUGCCCCUGGCUGUGGCCAGUUCCGAGGGAGGGACAGAACAGAUCAGAACAGCCUUUGUGGAGAAGACCUCGGCUGCCUGUGACCAAGUGGUGACCAUGCUGACAAAGGUGGCUGCAGACUGCCCACACCAAGCCCCCAUACAGAACAUGUACAUCUGCCUGGCGAGUGCAGCCUUCAUCAGGAACCAAGUUUUCCACUUCAACAGUCUGCUGGCCAACAAGGGAGAGAGGGGCCCGCUCCAUCCAGCCUAUCAGAGCGUGCGAGACUUUGCUGACAGUCUGUCGCAGCAGGUGAUUGGUUAUCACGCCAACGUGAUCGCCACCAGCGUUCUACAGGACACAGACAGCCACAACUGGCAGGACCCCAGGGCUUUCUACGAGGGAGAGAGAUGUUCCUUUGCGGUGCAGAUGUGGGGUUACCAUCUGUCAGCCCUGCGGCGGGACCUGUGGGUGUACGCACCGCCGCGCCUGGGACAGCACGUGCUGGCCUGCAUACUCAGGGACUCGCUGGCUGUUCUAGCUGCUCGGUACAGCCAGGCUAGGCCAUCGUACAACAGGACAGCUCAGUUCAGAUGUGACAUCACAGCCAUAUUGCUGAUCACGUCCUCCUUCCUGUGGAGUGUGUGUGACUCCCUGCACUGUCUCCUGGACACCACCAACCCCCCCUCCCACCCCGUCACAGCCAUCCAUAACCACUGCACCACUCUCACGGCAGCCCUCACCGUGGUCUCAGCACCCCUGGCCGACCUCUACAAGGCCUUCAAGAAGGGCUUCCACAAGAAGAGGAGAAGGGGAGAGGAGGGAGAGGGCACAGGAAGACAGAACACUCAGUGGUUACAUUUCUUGUAUCCGGGGUUGUUUGGGCAGCUAGGAAGUUUCCAUGAUCUGACUGUAAAGCAGGCUGCCUAUGUCCAGCUGAAGCUGCUGUGUGGACAACCUGCACCAGACUGGGCCAUGCUGCUGCACCUCCUCAUGAUGGGCAACUGUCAGGCUCCCUUACUACUACUCACACAAACAGGAUUGAAGGAGACAGUACACACUGCUGACAGGCCUCCUUUCCCUGCUACUGUGUGUGGAAAGCUGCACUGUCAGCAGGACAGCUGUGUACAGCCAGGAACAGCAGAGGGUAGGACUGUGUUGCAGGCUGUGGUAGAGGUCAUGCUCUGCUGUCCCCAGUACCCCAUAGUGCUGUCCAAAGUGCUGUUACCUGUGAUUGACAGACUUGAGGGCUGGGAGUUUUUUGAGGUGUCCAUGUUUGCUGAAAGGUUAGAAAAGAUGCCUUUAUGGUGCAAAUGUCUGGUUGAUGCUGUCCAGCCUAUCAUCAAAAGUGUUGUGAUGUGUGCUGUGGACUAUGUUACUGAGCACCUGGGCAAGCCCGCCCCUCCCAACAUGGCCGCCGCCCUGUCUGCCCUGCCCUGUGGAUGCAGGGCUACUGACACGGACGAUAGUGAUGGAGAGGAGGGGAAGACUAUGAGUACAAAGGUUGUUCUGACUCGAGCCUUAGCCUGCCUGUUGUCAGCUCUAAUGGAGACUGUACAGACCAUCCCUACUGCAGUACAGCACUUCUGUAAACAACUACAAGACAAACUGACAGAAAGGGAGAUUCAAACAGCUCACAGUAGUGUAGGGUUACAGCUACUGGCAGGUGCAGUGUACCUGGCUCUACACAACCAGAGGCAGCUGGAAGAGUGGGCAGGCCACAGUAUGAAGCAGACCAUCAAGGACAACCUGUCCCUGUUAGGACUGUGUGCUUAUCACGUGCUGACUGCCACUGUAGCAAGCAGCAAAGGAAACAUGCCUCGUCUUGCCUACACCUUCAUGAGGAAACAUGGCAGCUGGCUUACCGAGCAGAUAGACAACAUCGUGGAGUCAGUGUCCAAUGUGUCUGUGGAUGAAGGCUCCAAUGCUGCAGUGUUAGAAGGAGGGAACCUGGAGUUCCUUCAACUCUUCAUGUCCACACUGGCUCAUAACAUCCUUCAGAAACAACAGGGUAAGAACAACCUUGUCCACUUGUUCAAUGUCAUCAAAGCAAACCAGCAAUGGUUCCAGGUGCAGUUAGGGAUCCCUCCACUUCUGGGGAAGGAUGACCUCCCCCAGGUCGUGCCCUUUCAACCCAACCCUUGGUCAGGAGAGCAGGGCAUGACCUUUGACCCAAUGCUGGAGUUCAACAGCAUAGGGGACUGUAACAUUGACCAGAACACCCUGUUGGAGUUUCCCUGGGACUGGGCUGAGCUGCUGCAGAGUGACUUGGGACUGAGUGAGCCAGGCUUCGCCACCCUGCUGCAACACAGGUGUGACAUCACAGAUGAGUCGUGUCUGGACACAGACAAGGAGAAGAGACAUGUCGCUACUCUGAAGGCCAAGUUCGGCCUGGAACAGGCUUCAUCUGUGUGAUGUUACAGUAGCGGGGCCAUGUUAACUUGAUUAUAUAUAUCCGGAUGACAUCC